AAUAUCAGUGUAUAUGGUCGGUCACACGGCCAAGUCCGUUUCUUCUUUCUCCUCUCCCCUUCAUUUCAUUUCCACUGUAAACCCUAAUUCCCCAAAUUAUCCCAAUUCUUCUUCUUCUUCACCUUCUUCAUCUCUCUCUCUCUCUCUCUCUCUCUCUCUCUCUCUCUCUCGCAUCGCGUAUUGUUCUCUGACUUCCGUUUCGUGUUCCCAUUGCUCGCGAAGAAAAUUCUUCUCUCUCUUGUCGAAUUCUUCUCCGAUACUAAAACCCAACUUCAAUUUCGCUUUUUGCUUCAGGGAACAAUUGGAUAUUAAAGUCGUGAUCAUCACAUUUUGAAAUUUGCAUACAUAUACAUCAAAACUAAGUUUAAUCAGCACUUCGACUCAUGGCUGGAUUGUUGCUUGGUGAUGCCUCUCAUCAAGGAGCACAUCCAGUUGGUUCUCAAAGAUACUCUGAAGAGAAGCCAGAGGAUGGAUCAAGAUGGUAUUUUUCUAGGAAGGAGAUUGAAGAAAAUUCUCCAUCCCAAGAAGAUGGCAUAGAUUUGAAGAAAGAAACUUACCUACGCAAAUCAUACUGUACAUUUCUGCAAGAUUUAGGCAUGAGGCUUAAAGUACCUCAAGUAACUAUUGCAACAGCAAUAAUCUUUUGUCAUAGAUUCUUUCUUCGGCAGUCCCAUGCAAAGAAUGACAGAAGGACCAUUGCAACAGUGUGCAUGUUUCUAGCUGGCAAAGUUGAAGAAACUCCUCGGCCAUUGAAAGAUGUGAUCAUGGUUUCAUACGAAAUUAUAAAUAAGAAGGAUCCAACAGCAGUUCAGAGAAUCAAACAGAAGGAAGUGUAUGAGCAGCAGAAGGAAUUAAUUCUACUUGCAGAGAGGGUUGUUCUUGCAACUCUUGGUUUUGAUUUUAAUGUGCACCAUCCUUAUAAACCUCUUGUUGAGGCAAUAAAGAAAUUCAAGGUUGCUCAAAACGCCCUUGCUCAAGUUGCUUGGAAUUUCGUAAAUGAUGGACUUCGGACAUCUCUUUGCUUGCAAUUUAAGCCCCACCACAUUGCAGCUGGAGCCAUAUUCCUUGCUGCCAAGUUUCUAAAGGUGAAGCUCCCAUCGGAUGGGGAGAAGGUCUGGUGGCAAGAGUUUGAUGUCACCCCACGCCAAUUGGAGGAAGUGAGUAACCAAAUGCUCGAACUGUAUGAACAAAAUCGAAUGCCGCCUUCCAAUGAGGCUGAAGGAACUACUGGAGGUGCAGCUUCCAUUCGGACCACCGUAAAAGCUCCAACUAGUAAUGAUGAAACUGCACCCGCAAACAGUAAUUCCCAGACCGGAGGCAUAAGUUCAAGACUUGAAACAUCAAAGCCUGCAUCUUCAAAGACUGCUUUUGAUUCAUCUGCCGCCAAUCAGGUUGGGCGUCCCGUCUCUAAUCCUGGAAGAAGUAGAGAUUAUGGGUCCACAGAAAUAAAGCACAGGGUGGAAGAUGAUGUCAAAGGCAAUCAACAUCCUGAACAUGAACCUCUUCCAUAUAAAGACAACUUACAGCAAGUACAAGAUGUGGUGAGAUCUCGGUCUGAUAAUGGUCAAAAAGAGCACGAAAACAAUACUCUUAGAACUGAAACUAAAGAACAUUCUGAAUCGAAAGAUAAACAUAACAGCAGAAACCCAGAUCAUAAGGAUGUUAGUAUGCUUAGCCGGCCUCCUCAGGAAGCUAUUAAAAAAAUCAAUACAGACAAGGUAAAGGCUGCAUUAGAAAAACGAAGGAAAGCAGCUGGUCAUCUAACCAAAAAAACAGAUUUCAUGGAUGACGAUGAUCUCAUUGAGAGGGAACUGGAAGAUGGAAUAGAAUUGGCUCCUCCUGAGAGUGAGAAGAGUAAGCAAGAUAGAAGGCAAAGCUGGUCGAAGCUCUCAGCAGAUAAAGCAGAUUAUGAAAACUCUCAUGGGAGACACCACGAUCAUGCAGAUGAGCAACCUCAUGGGGUAAAGGGUCUGCCAUCACGUGGACCAGAUCCAAGUGCUGUGGAAGAAGGUGAGGUGGCAGCUUUUGAUGACAUAAGUGCAGGGCUUCCAUCACCCAAGUCAAGCAGUCGCAAGAGGAAAGCAGGGAGCUCACCUGAUAGAGCAGUGGAGGGGAAGCAGCGACAUAAUCAUGGCCCUGGACCUCACCACAAUAAUCGUUCUGAUUAUGUUGAAGAUAGGAGCAAGGUAAGCAGGUUAAGCCAUACCGAGAGAGACAGCAAAAGGCAUGCUCAGGAAAAUCAUGUUUGAACAUGGAUAAGUUAUUAUUCCGAGAUAUUUUCUGGUAAUAACCUCCUUAGCUGCCAAUGAAUCUCUCUGAUAGAGGAAUUUUAAGUGUUUUAAGGACAUGAAAACAAAUUGAAUUUGGUUGGAAGGACUAAUGUCAUUUCCUUAAUUUAUGGGCAUUUGGGAAAAACUGUAUCAUAGAAGUUAAGUGUUAUAAUAUAUAUUAGUGCAAAACUUGUAAUGGAUGACCCAAUUUCCCAAUAUGAUCCAUGUUUUUGAUGAUUAUUACCCCUGUGAAAUAAUGGUAGUUACGAUGAUUAUAAACUCUGAGCAAACCAAAAGGGAAGAUUGUUGUUGUUGUUCUGUACUAUGUUCAGGAGUUUGAAGUGCUUUUCUAAUGUCUAGUAUAUUUAUGCCCCUGGGAGAUAUGAAA